AUGUCUGUUAUUAGAGAAGAUUUAAUUAAUACUACAAUUAAUAAAUCAUAUGCACUAACGGAUUAUAAUAUUCACAAUGAUUUCCACAAACAAAUUGAAUUUUGGAAACAAACAAUUCUUGCUGAUGAAUCACUUACAAAAGAUGAAAAAUUUGAAGCAAUAAGAAUGUUGACUGCAAGUUAUGAUAAAAGCAAACUUGUUUAUAAUGAAGGAACAAGAAGAGUUUGUGAAAUUUGUAACCAAAAAUGUUUAGCUACAUUAUACUGUGAAUAUUGUGUUCGAAAUUAUUUAAAAAAUAAUUUUUCAAAUUGGACAUCCGGAAAUGAUGAUAUUGAUAAUUUAAUACAAGAAUGUCAGAUAAAUACACUUGAACCAGAUAGUAUAGUUGAAUGGAUUCCAUAUAAUAAUUUAAAAAAUAUUAAAUAUUUAACAAAAGGUGGAUAUUCUGAAAUUUAUACAGCAGAAUGGACUGAUGGAAAUUUUAUUGAAUGGGAUUCUACCCAACAACAAUUAAAAAGAAUUGGAGGACCUGGAUUAGUACAAAAUGUAGUACUUAAAAGAUUAGAAAAUGUUGAAAGUGCAAAUAAACGUUGGUUUGAAGAGGCUAAUUCGCAUUUAAAUAUAUCUAAUAAAUGGCCAGAUGCGAUUGUCCAAUGUUUUGGUUUAACAAAAGAUCCAUUAAAUGGAGAUUAUAUGCUUGUAAUGAAUAAAUUGAAUACAGAUUUAAGAAAAUAUUUACAACAAAAUUAUAAUCAACUUACAUGGAAAGAAAGAAUUCAAAUUUCUGCUGACAUAAUAUUAGCACUUUCACGAGUUCAUAAAGAGAAUGCGAUUCAUAGAGAUUUGCAUUCUGGAAAUAUGUUAUAUAAUUUUGGUUAUGCAUUCCGUAUUAGCGACCUUGGAUUCUGUGGACCUGCAGAUAAACCAUUAAAGAGUGUAUAUGGAAAUCUUCCUUACAUUGCACCGGAAGUUAUUUCAGGAAAAGUAACUACUUUUAAAUCUGAUAUUUAUAGUAUUGGCAUACUUAUGUGGGAAAUUUCAUCUGGACAACCACCAUUUAUUAAUUACGAACAUAAUUAUGAUCUUGCUAUGAAUAUCGUUAAUGGUAUAAGACCAAAAAUUGUAUCAGGAACUCCUUUAGAAUAUAAAAAUUUAAUGAAACAAUGUUGGGAUGCUGAUCCAUCAAAGCGACCUAAUAUUGUUACACUUUUGAAAAAAAUAAGAGAAGUUAAUUUAUUUUAUCAAAAUAAACCAAAUGAAUUAUUAACUCAACCGGAAGAAGAUAAUAGUUUGGAAAUAGAUGAUUUAGAAAACUAUACAAAUAUCGAUGAUUUUGAUAAGUUGAAUAAUCAGAAGAAUAGUUCAAAAAUAAUUAGCAUUUUUAAAGAUAUAGAUAAAUAA